UGGAAAGGGUAAAAACUGUGAACGCUGCCACUGAUUCUCAGAGCAUGCCCGAGUAUGACAUGGUAACGAAUGGUACAACCCUUAUCACAAGUUGGAAAUCAGCCACGCUCUUGAUACAGGAAAUAACUGAACUGGUGAAGGCUCAGUUGGAGUUAAACAAGAAGGCGAAGCCAUUUUCUGUGAAACCACAGUGUGUGCUUAACUCAACAUCGAAAUCCGUCUGUGUUCACCCAAACUGCACACAGCUGAGCAACAACAUCACGGAAAGAGUCCAAAGUUUGAUCUCUGAUAAAACGGUCUUGACCGAAGAGCAAGAUGACCUACUCAAAUCCAUCUCGCUGCAAAUUCCCAAAAACGACGUCAUUAUUUCAUCUGCUGCCUCAAGUAACCAUUACGAUGAGUUGCAGGCCAUGCUGCACUCUCUCCAUAGCGUGGUCUUUCCAGAACUGUCAAAGACUGAAAACUUCUCGCUGGUUCUGUGGGAUAUUGGGCUAACUUCUGAUGAACGCCAAAAGGUAGAAAAAUGUUGUCGCUGUCAAGUGAUUUCUUUUCCCUUCGAGAAGUUCCCACAACGCACCAGGGAUUUAUUUACCUAUAUGUGGAAACCAUUAGUUAUCCGGAUGACCCUAUUUCGUGCCAGAAAGUAUUUGGCGUACCAAGAUGCAUCCAUCAUAUACAAACGGUUUCCUGAGCCAAUUUAUAAGAAUGGCAUGCAGCAUGGACUUCAACUACUAAGAACAGGUGAUGAUACGUCAACUGUUCACAGAACACUCUCACAGACUUUCGCUUAUCUCGGGCAGAAGUUGUGCAGCUUUUAUCCCUACGAAGAAGUGGCUGGAGGUUACGGCGUUUACAAGCAUGACCCGUUUGUACUGAGCGCUGUGACAAAUGUGUGGGCCAGGUGUGCCUUUGAAGAGAAGUGCAUAUCACCGAUGCCGACAAAGCCUUCCCUAUACUGUCAUUAUGGAGUUUGUCACAG